AUGUCUGAUCAAUACGAAGAACAACCUCCUGUCGAAACGGCUACUGAAGCUCCUCAAGAGCCUCAACAACCUAUGGAAUCCGCUAAUCCUUCUGCUCCAACUGAAAGCCACGAAACUGCCAUGGAAUCUGAACCCGCUCCUCCAAUGGAACCAAUGGAACCGAUGGACGAACCAAUGGAACAAAUGGACGAACCAAUGGACCGUCAACAAAUGCAACCAGAACCCCAACCAUACUAUAACCAACCUCCUCCAUCUCAAUACCAUCCUCAUCAUCAUACUCCACACCAUCUUGAAGGUGAAUUAUCUACCACCAGAUUAUUUGUUAGACCUUUCCCAUUCGAUGUCCAAGAAGCUGAAUUAAAUGAAAUAUUCUCCCCAUUCGGACCAAUGAAGGAAGUUAAAAUCUUGAACGGUUUCGCCUUUGUUGAAUUCGAAGAAGCUGAAUCUGCAUCAAAAGCAAUCGAAGAAGUCAACGGUAAGACCUUUGCUAAUCAACCAUUGGAAGUUGUAUUCUCCAAGUUACCUGUCAAAAGAUACCGUUUGGCAUUGAGAAACCUACCUGAAGGUUGUUCAUGGCAAGAAUUGAAAGAUUUGGCCAGAGAACAUAAUUUAGAAACUACUUUCUCAUCAGUCAAUACAAGAGACUUUGACGGUACAGGUGCCUUAGAAUUCCCAAAUGAAGAAACUUUGAACUCAGCUUUAGAAAAAUUGAAUAACAUUGAAUUUAGAGGUUCUGUUAUUACUGUAGAAAUUGAUGAUAAUCCUCCACCAAUCAGAAGAAGUGCAAGAGGUGGCUUUAGAGGCCGUGGUGGUUUCAGAGGCGGUUAUGGUGCUCCAAGAGGUGGUUUCAGAGGCGGCUAUGGCGGCUUCAGAGGCGGUUACGGAGCUCCAAGAGGCAGUUUCAGAGGUGGCCCAAGAGGUGGAUUCAGAGGUGGCUAUGGCGCUCCAAGAGGAAGCUAUGGUGCCCCAAGAGGUAGCUAUGGUGCCCCAAGAGGAAGUUACGGUGGUCCAAGAGGCGGCUAUGGCGCCCCAAGAGGUGGUUACGGUGGCCCAAGAGAUUCAUAUGGUCCUCCAAGAGAUUCAUAUGGUCCACCAAGGGAUUCGUAUGGUCCACCAAGAGAUUCAUACGGUCCUCCAAGGGAUUCAUAUGGUCCUCCAAGAGAUUCAUACAGAUCAAGAGAUGCACCACGUGAAAGAUCUCCAACAAGAUAA